AUGACCUACGUCCCCACGCAACCAACCAGAUGGUUAUCAGGUGGUUGCAUGGGCACAUGGUACCAUUGGACUCUCUGCAGAAUGCGCACCUUCCCAUUUCCACAAUCUGUGGGAGCAUUUCUUGGCGCCAUUCCAGUGGCGCUCCAAGGCUAUGUUAUUGUAGCUACCGAUUACGCAGGUUUGGAUGUGGAACUCGAUAUUUCCCCUGUCACUGACAUUCUUGGCCAUUUGGAUCCCAUCGCUACCAUACCUAGUGCAGCUAUGGGCCCAGGCACUGCUGCUGCGUUCCCAGAAUUCAAAGUUGUCGACAUAUUCACAACUGACGAAUUACAAACAAUGCAAACACUUCUACAUAUUGAAGAAUGUAGCGCAGUUUCGAGUAUCACAGAAGUCAAUGAUGCGUACUUCAGCAGCUACAACAUCCUCACCGAGAUUAUCCAGAUCUUUCUCAUCCGAGUAGGAAUCUAA